AAUGUACAGAACCAAAGAUAACAAUAAACGAAAACAUUUGUAGCUGAUAGUCUAGUUCAAUUUCAACAGCAAAGGCUGGUGUGCUGAAAGUAGUUCUGGCCAGGGUUUAAAAGAGAUGCAGUUGAGCUCUUGGGCUCGGAUCUAGGUUGCGUUAACAUGGCGAAACGCACCAAGAAGGUCAGAAUCGUGGGCAAAUACGGGACCCAUUAUGGUGCCUCCCUCAGGAAAAUGGUGAAGAAAAUUGAAAUCAGCCAGCACGCCAAGUAUACCUGCUCCUUCUGUGGCAAAACCAAGAUGAAGAGAAAAGCUGUGGGCAUUUGGCACUGUGGUUCCUGCAUGAAAACAGUAGCUGGUGGUGCCUGGACCUACAACACCACUUCUGCUGUCAAAGUAAAGUCUGCCAUCAGAAGACUGAAGGAACUGAAGGACCAGUAGAAGCACCACCAUUUGAUAAUGUUGCUAGCCUAUAAUAAAUGGGCUAAUUUAUGUAACA